GAACUAGGAGGUUCUCACUGCCUGAGCAGAGGCCCCACACCCACCGAGGCAUGGGGCUCCCUGGGCUGCUCUGCUUGGCUGUGCUGGCCGCCAGCAGCUUCUCCCAGGCACAGGAGGAAGAAAUCACCCCUGUGGUCUCCAUUGCCUACAAAGUCCUGGAAGUUUUCCCCAAAGGCCGCUGGGUGCUCAUAACCUGCCAUGCACCCCAGGCACCACCGCCCAUCACCUAUUCCCUCUGUGGAACCAAGAACAUCAAGGUGGCCAAGAAGAUGGUGAAGACCCACGAGCCGGCCUCUUUCAACCUCAACAUCACACUCAAGUCCAGUCCAGACCUGCUCACCUACUUCUGCCGGGCGGCCACCACCUCAGGUGCCCAUGUGGACAGUGCCAGGCUGCAGAUGUACUGGGAGCUGUGGUCCAAGCCAGUGUCAGAGCUGCGGGCCAACUUCACUCUGCGGGACAGAGGGUCAGGCCCCAGGGUGGAGAUUUCCUGCCAGGCGUCCUCGGGCAGCCCACCCAUCACCUAUAGCCUGGUCGGGAAGGACGGGCAGGUCCACCUGCAGCAGCGACCACGCCACGGGCAGCCUGCCAACUUCUCCUUCCUGCCGAGCCAGACAUCAGACUGGUUCCAGUGCCAGGCUGCAAACAGCGUCAAUGUCCAGCACAGCGCCCUCACACUGGUGCCCCCAGGAGAGUUGCCCAAGGCACCCACCAUCGUGCUGGCUGGCAGCCUUGCCUCCAUUGCGGCCGUCACCUCCGGGAUGUUGGGCUGGACCACGUGGGCCAGGUCAUGACCAGAAGAUGGAGGACUGGCAGGGUCCCCUGGAGAGCCCCAUCCUUGCCUUGCUGGCCUAUAGGAGCACCCACCGUCUGAGUGAAGAGGAGCUUGGGGUGUUCAGGAUAGGGAAUGGGGAGGUCAGAAGAUGCAAAGCAGCAGCCAUGUAGAAUGAACCGUCCAGAGAGCCAAGCACGACAGAGGGUUGCAGACCAUUGGCGUGCACUGUUCGUAUUUGGAGUUCAUGCAAAAUGAGUGUGUUUUAGCUACUCUUGUCACAAAAACAAAACAAAACAAAAAA